AUGAGUGCACCCGCGCCUCUCCAGCACCAGCAACCAGCACCGCGACUUCGCACCUGUCCCCUCAUGCACGCCCGCGCCGAAGCCGAGCACGGGGCGGCCCCUGCGGACGACCGACGCGGGGCGCCCGCUCCCGGAGGUGGCUCCUCCGUGCAGCGGCAGGAGCUGGGCCUCCAUGCCUUCUGGCUGCUGCUGGCCAUGCGCAUCGUCAACGCACUGACGACACGCACCUUCUUCCAGCCCGACGAGUUCUUCCAGUCGCUCGAGCCGGCGUGGCAAAUGGCCUUUGGCGAGCAGAGCGGCGCCUGGAUCACAUGGGAGUGGAAAAAUCAGUUGCGUUCGUCACUGCAUCCAGCGCUCUUCGCCGGCCUGUUUGCUGGGGUGUCCGCCAUCUCGGAUAUUUGCAGCCUGCCUCUAGCGCCAAGGGCUGAGCUGCUCAUCGCUGCACCUAAAAUCACGCAAGCCGCCCUCGCCGCGUCGACCGAUUACUUCACCUGGCGCCUGGCCAGGCAGGCGUAUGGAGCCCGGAGCAGCGCCGCCUGGGCAAGCCUUGCAUUGACGGCAUGCAGUCCCUGGCAGUGGUUCUGCUCCACGCGCACGCUGUCAAACUGCUUGGAGACGACGCUGACGGCCGCCGCGCUGGUCUGGUGGCCAUGGCAGUGGCCGCUGACGUCCUAUUCAAGCUCGACGACCACCCGGCCUAGCGUGCAGAAAGGCGUCGCACCGCGUAUCAUAUCCGCUCCUUUGGGGGACCUCCAUCACCUGAGACUUUCGUUGCUUGCCGCAGCGUUGGCCUGUGUCUUGCGGCCCACGAACGGUCUCAUUUGGAUGUGCAUUUCCGCACCCACGUUGUGGCAAGCUUCGACGCGUGAGCGCCUUGCAUUAGUGAAAUGGGCCGUGCUCUGCGGCUGUGGCGUUCUUACACUAUCCGCCCUGGCGGAUCGACGCUAUUACGGCGUUUGGACGUUCCCGCCUCUUCGCUUCGUUCACUUCAAUAUUGCCAAGUCGCUGGCCGUCUUCUACGGCACAAACAGGCCAGACUACUACCUAACCGAAGGCCUGCCACUACUCCUUACUACCGCCUUGCCGUUCGCCGCUUAUGGCAUCCAGCAGGCGAUACGCGGGAGUGGUCGUCUAAGCCCCAUGCUCUCAUACCUUGCACUGACAUGCGGAGCUAUGGUAGGCGCUCUGAGCUUCGUUGCUCAUAAAGAGGUCCGCUUCAUAUACCCUCUUUUGCCCAUGCUCCAUGUCCUCGCUGCACAGCCCGUUUCAUGUUUUUUCCACCCUCUCACGCCUUCCAAAAAGGCAAUGUUGGGAUUCCUUCUUGCCAUCAACGUCCUCGUAGCAGGCUAUGGUUCCUUGGUGCACCAGCGUGGCGUUGUUGACGUCUUGCAUAUGCUUAGACACCAGCACGAAAGCCAAGCCUUGGGCGGGGGUUCUGGCAAUACGACCGUGGGAUUUCUCAUGCCUUGCCACAGCACACCCUGGCGUUCACAUCUGGUCUACCCAGAUAUCACAGCCUGGGCUCUCACAUGUGAGCCGCCUAUUGACGUGCCGUUGGACCGUCGUGCCAGCUACCUCGAUGAGGCAGACGAGUUUUACAUUGAUCCCGGCCCUGUCGCGUGGCUGGAUCAGCACAUGGAGAGCGUCGGCACCAUCCGAGGCAAGGGACAUGUCAGCAAAAACAAGGAUGAAGGUAAGACGCAUAAUAGCGAACUUAAGAGGCCCUGGCCCAAGUAUCUUGUCUUCUUCCAGCAGCUUGAAGGUACCCUCGCCGAGUUUCUACGGGGGACAAAGUACAAAGAGUGCUGGCGUGGCUUCAACAGCCAUUUCCAUGAUGAUUCACGCCGAAGGGGCGACGUGAUCGCUUGGUGCUUAGACGAUGAUGGGGCCGACGCCACUCAUGGCCAUGUCGAACAGCAUGGAUUGCCUGGCACGGGACGGAUAAGCUCUGGGCAAUGGGGGAUGGGGAAGCUGCGGGGAUAG